GGACAAAUUUGAGGGAAAUGUGAUAAAGACACUGAAUUAUUGUUCUUGGAAAUUAGCAUUUGUUCAGUCGGGUGGCCCUGCGGUGAGGGAACUCCUCUGUUCUUAGCUUGACGAGCUAAGAGUUAAGACCAGUUCACAACCAGAACAGAGCAUCGUCGAAAAUGGAGUUCUUCUGGAGCUGCAUUCUCUGCCUCUGUGCCUUCUUUUUCAUUUCGACCCUAAAAUCGGCGACGAGAAGGAACUCGAAGCUACCGCCGGGACCAAGGCCUCUGCCGGUCAUCGGAAAUCUGCUGGAUCUCGGAGAGAAGCCUCACAAGUCGCUGGCCAGCCUCGCCAAGGUACAUGGCCCUGUUAUGAGUCUCAAACUCGGACAGGUUACUGCGGUGGUGGUUUCUUCUGCCGCCAUGGCUAAACAAGUCCUUCAAACCAACGACCAGGAUCUGUGCAACAGAGCCAUUCCAGAUGCGCUGAAAGUUCUUAGCCACGACGAGGUCGCAUUCCCAUGGAUUCCGGUUUCUCCUCUCUGGAGAAGCUAUCGGAAAAUAUGCAACAACACUCUGUUCGCCGGAAAAAUUCUGGACGCGAACCAGAAUCUUCGUCAGAAGAAAGUGGAGGAGCUAGUUGCGACUGUUCGGAAAAUUGCGUUGAGAGGCGAGGCGGUGGACGUAGGGAAAUUAGGGUUUGUGACGACGCUGAAUCUAAUUUCGAACACAAUUUUCUCGGUCGAUGUGACAAUUCUGAAUUCUGAAUUAGCGAAGGAGUUCAAGAAUAGCGUAUCUGGGAUCUUGGAAGAAGCCGCUAAACCAAAUUUGGGCGACUAUUUCCCCAUGUUGCGGACGCUCGACAUUCAGGGGAUGAGGAAGAGGAUGGCGAUUCACAUGGGGAAGAUCUUGAAUGUUAUAGACGCCAUGAUCAAACAGAGGAUGAAGCAGCAGCAACUGAGUCCCGAUUCUACUCCGAACAACGAUGUAUUGCAUUACCUUCUCAAAAGCGAAGACAGCAAACUCGAGAAAGAACAAAUGGAACAUUUAAUACUCAUACUGUUCAUCGCCGGCUCGGAUACAACUUCAGCGACAUUGCAAUGGGCAAUGGCAGAGCUAUUGAGGAAUCCGGAUAAAUUAGCGAAAGCUACAGCGGAAAUCAGGCAAGUUUUAGGGAAGAACAAACCAGUGGAGGAGGCUGACAUUCCGAGGCUGCCAUAUCUGCAGGCGGUGGUGAAGGAAGCUUGCCGAUUGUAUCCGGUGGCUCCUUUAUUGCUACCUCGUAAGGCGCAACGAGAAGUGGAAAUUGGAGGUUUCACGAUCCCAAAGGAUGCACAGGUGCUCGUAAAUGCGUGGGCGAUCGGAAGAGAUCCGAGGAGCUGGGAGAAUCCAGAAUCAUUCGAACCAGAGAGGUUUUUAGCGUCGGAAAUUGACGUCAGAGGGCGGAGCUUCGAAUUGAUUCCGUUCGGCGGAGGGAGGAGGAUUUGCCCUGGAUUGCCAUUGGCGAUGAGAAUGCUGCAUUUAAUGCUGGGUUCGCUCAUCAAUCUUUUCGAUUGGAAGCUUGAAGAUGAAUAUGAGGUAAACAUGGAGGAUAAAUUUGGCGUCGUUGUGGAGAUGGCUCGUCCACUGAGGGCCAUCCCUUCCCUUUCCCUAAUUUAAUUACAAUAGUUAUUCAGUUGGUGAUAUGGUUAUGUUUAAUACUUUUCAAGUCACUCCCUACCACCACUGAAAAAAAAAAUUAAAAAAAAAAACUCUCACUUUCAGCGGAGAAAAAUUAUUGAUUGAGAAUUAUUGACCAUUUCCUAUAACUUCUCCAUUCUCCAUCAAUAGAUUCACGUUGAUCAAUGAGGAAGUAUUUCUCAUAUGAUUGAACUUGGCCAAUCUCUACUUGGUAAUAACAGAUUUUCGGUGCCUA